UAUGUUCCAUAAUGUCAUCAUAAUAUCACACGAGACGAUUUCAUUUUUUUUCUUAGGAGCAGUGUUUAGUUUGGGUAAUUGUGUUGAGUGCUGAUCGUGUCAUGAGCAGCAUUAAAUUAAUGCUGGGCUUUCGUAUUUCUCGAUCAUUAUGAUUGAGAGCAGUGCAGCAGAGACCACAGAGCUGCCCUGAAUUCGAUGCAUGCAGCCAAAAUAGAGGGGCAGGCCGAAGUGUAUGUGUGUGUGUGUGUGGGGCAGUGCUACUAUGCGAGCUUUGAUACAUUUGUCAAACCAGUUUAACUCCACCUGGUGGCCUUCUUGUGCUUCUCCCCUCAGUCUCCCACUGCAUGGAGAUGGAUCUCUCAUAGUUCACUUUGAGUGAGGGAGAGAGAAAUCAAGAAUAGCACCAAAAAGGGCUCAAAAGGGAUUUCGUAUAUAAUAUGAUGCUGAAGAAGAGGAGCAGGCCAGUUCUCAAGGAUCAGAGCAAAGGGUACCUCAUGUCUCACUCAACCUCUGAUGGUGUGGUGAAAAAGAGUUCAACUAGCUCCUUUCUCAGUGUUCCUGGCCUGCUUGUGGGAUUCACCAGCAAGGGUUCAUCAGAUUGUGAUGCAGUUUGGAGCCCUACAUCUCCCUUGGACAAGGUCUUUUCUAGUAGAGGCAACUCAAACCUUGGCUCCCCUACUCCUGGAAGCUCCAAUGGCAGGCUUAAAUGUUGGGACAGCAGCAGAGUAGGGCUUGGCCUGGUUGAUUCCCUCAAGGAUGAUGAUGAGAACAAACCUUGUGGGAAGGCCUUGGGGAACAGGAAUAUUGUCUUUGGUUCACAGAUGAAGUUUAACAUCUCGAUCCCUAAACCUUGUGGAAUUUCUUCUCAGCAGAAUUUUGUUUCAUCCAAGUUUCAUUCUAAUUCUUCAGGGCUGGGUCUAGAAUCCAAAGAGGCUAAGUUGCAACAUGAGGAGUUUGUGGUACUGCGAUCCUGUUCUGUCGAUACGGGUCGACUGUCUUUCCUCCUUACAAAGUCGUUUUGCAAUAGCUCCAGCAAUUUGCACUCUGAGGUUCAAUCAGAUUCUAUGAACUCUGUGUUUGGCUCUACACUAGCUAAAGGGAAUGCCAAUUUUGAGAAGCUUUUGGGGUCCCUUCCAAUCUCUCUUGAUUCUUCUCAUUGGUUGCUUAGUACCCUCUCCGCGAGUGAGAUUGAGCAGUCGGAGGAUUAUACUUGCAUUAUAUCUCAUGGACCUAAUCCUAAAACGACUCACAUUUUCGGAGAUUGUAUACUCAAAAGCCACAACAUUGAAUCACCAUCUUUUAAGAAAACUGAUAGGAAGGAGGAGAAAGGGUGCACUUGGCCUCCAAAGCUCCCCGAGAAUUCGGUAUCAUGCUCUUCUUGCAAGAAGAAAUCAGAAGAGGGAAAAGACAUCUUCGUGCAUAGUGACCAAGAAACACUGAUUGGAGAAAAGAUGAAGAAGCCCAGCAUAUUUUUAGCUGGCUCUCCUGGUUCAUCAUUCAAUGAGGAAACAUUGCUCGAUGAGAUGGCUUUGGCCUCAUGGGAUUGAUGAUCCUUCAGGCAUGGAGAUAAAACGGUUUGAUCAUCUGUCUAACAAGAGCUGUCGAUGCGAUGUGCAAUCGAUCUUUUUUGCAGCCAUGGAUGAUCGAAAUGUACAUUCAUUUGUUUGCUGAUUGUGUCUCAGAGUCCACAGUGGUGGUAAUGGGAUCUUGCAGGGAACUGUUCCACCACCCUGUCUUUCUUUUUUUGUUUUGUUUUCUGGACCUCAGAUCAAAUUUUAUGGAUGAUGUUGAUCAGUGAGGGUGUUAUCCACUGCUUGUCAAUUUUCCCUAUGAACUACAUAAAUUAUCAAUAUGAAUGGUGUCUUUCGGGCA